CUGCAAGGCCGGCGGGCCCGGAUGAGGCGGCCGAGGCGCCCGUCCCGCGGGCCCCCUCGGGCAUCUUCGCCUUGGUACCUCCCCAGCCCCGGCUGGCUGUCUCCAGGUCGGAGACAGCUGCUCGUCCCCGGCGCGGCUCCGGGCCCCUGAAGUCGCCGGGAGUCGUCCCCGCCCCGGCUUGCCGUCAGGCUUUGGCGCCUGGCGCCCGCGCGGUGACAGCUGGGGGAGGGCGUCGGGCUUGGAGGACCCCGGAAGCGCCUGGUUCCGGGCGGCCCAGGUCCCGCGGUCGCGGGGAUGGCUUCGGGACCGGGCAGCUGAGCACCGAGGUGGGAGUGGGCCCUGCGCCCGGAGUCUCAGAGGCCGACGCUCACGUGCACCUUGCGCCAUGGCCACCUCCGCCGCCGCCUCCUCCGAGCAUUUCGAGAAGCUGCAUGAGAUCUUCCGCGGCCUCCUUGAAGACCUACGAGGGGUGCCCGAGCGGCUGCUGGGGACCGCGGGGACCGAAGAGAAGAAGAAGCUGGUCAGAGAUUUUGAUGAAAAGCAACAGGAAGCAAAUGAAACGUUGGCAGAGAUGGAGGAAGAACUACGGUAUGCACCCCUGACUUUCCGUAACCCCAUGAUGUCUAAGCUUCGAAACUACCGCAAGGACCUUGCUAAACUCCACCGUGAGGUGAGAAGUACACCUUUGACAGCCACACCUGGAGGCCGAGGAGAUGUGAAGUAUGGCUCAUAUGCCUUAGAGAAUGAGCAUUUGAACCGACUGCAGUCUCAAAGAGCAUUGCUUCUCCAAGGCACCGAAAGCCUGAACCGGGCCACCCAAAGCAUCGAGCGUUCUCAUCGGAUUGCCACAGAGACUGACCAGAUUGGUACAGAAAUCAUAGAAGAGUUGGGGGAGCAACGAGACCAGUUGGAACGGACCAAGAAUAGACUGGUAAACACAAAUGAAAACUUGAGCAAAAGUCGAAAGAUUCUCCGCUCAAUGUCCAGAAAAGUGAUAACCAACAAGCUGCUGCUUUCCAUCAUCAUCUUACUGGAGCUAGCCAUCCUGGUCGGCCUUGUGUACUACAAAUUCUUUCGACACCAUUGAACUUCCUGGCGGGAAGGGAUUGUGGACCAGUACCUUGACUCUGAAUGAACGGUGUUCGGCAUAUGUAUUGCUGCUGUGGGCUAACAGUUCAAGAAUGCAUUGUGUAGCCAGACUCUGGGAGGGCGGGCGAUGGAAAAACCAUAUAAAUGUGAAGGAACUGCAACAAGACCAGUAUGGUAUACUAAGGUAAUAAAUGCUGUUUAUGACUCCUUCAGAUUUA